AUGAGUAUCUCAACCUUAGUUCAAUCAAUUUCGACAGCGAAAUUCCUUCUGAGUAUUGCAAAGCUUAAGGAUUUUACCUUGGUUGACCUGAAAAUUUUCAAGACUGAGUUUUCUGGUAAAAUUCCUGAUGGACUCUGGAGAGCUGAAAAUUUGGCGAGUUUCAUGAUUAGUGAUAACAAGUUCAAUGGUGAGCUUCCUCAAAAUUUGUCUUCAUGCAUUUCACUUUUUGAUAUACUAAGUUAUAAUCAAUUUUAUGGUGGAAUUCCAAUUGGAGUAGCUUCUUGGAUUAAUGUGGUUAAGUUCAUAGCUAGCAAGAAUUAUCUUAAUGGAAGUGUUCCUCCAGAGCUAACAGCACUUCCUAAACUUCAAACAUUGUUGCUUGAUCAAAAUCAGCUAAAAGGGUCACUUCCAAAUGAUAUAUUAUCAUGGAAAUCAUUAGUGAUUCUAAAUCAACUUAUUGCUUUUGAUAGUAGCUUUUUGAACAAUUCUGGUUUAUGUGCUGAUAAACCAAAACUUAGUGUUAGCCUUUGCAAUUUCGGCCUUGAAAAACCAACCAAAACCUCACAUUGGUCUAUUGGUUUGAUUAUUAGCCUUACUGUGGUGACUUUCUUGUUGGCUUUGCUUGCAUCAUUCAUGAUUAUCAAACUUUACAAGAAAAGAAAACAUGAAUCGGAAAGUUCAUGGAAGCUCAUUUCAUUUCAAAGGCUAAGUUUCACUGAAUUAGACAUACUUUCCUCAAUGACAGAACAAAAUAUCACCGGCAGUGGUGGGUUCGGCACGGUAUACUGCGUACGCGUUAACGGUUUAAGCUAUGUUGCUGUGAAAAAAAUCAUGAGUAACAGAUAG